CACCUCCCAGCCCUGCACGGCCUUCGGCUCGCUAACACAGGCAGGCAGACUGCAGCAAGCUCAGCUCUACCCCAGCCCUGAUACUGGCAGAAAAGUGCACUCUCUUCCCGAGUCUUUUUGCUUCUUAAGUUACUGGAUUCUGCAGUACAAGUCUUCAUGAACAAGCUGCACCGCUUAGAGAUUUCACGGCAUUCAAAGGUCACAGAACUGCCACUAUGGUUAAAUGUCUUGUUUAAUGGUUGAGAGGUGCGGAGAAAUCUCAUUUGAUAGUCCUGACCAGAAUGCCAAAUGUGUUCGCAUGCUAGGAGAUGCACGGGUGAGAGGUCAGACAGGGGUUCUCUCCGAGCGCCGCGGCUCCUACCCGUUUAUAGACUUCCGUCUUCUUAACAAUUCUACACUCUCAGGGGAAAUUGGCACGAAGAAAAAAGUGAAAAGACUGUUAAGUUUCCAGAGGUAUUUCCAUGCAUCCCGGUUACUGCGUGGAAUUGUACCGCAAGCCUCUCUGUACCUACUGGAUGAGGACUACCUUGGGCAAGCAAGGCAUAUGCUGUCCAAAGUGGGAAUGUGGGAUUUUGACAUUUUCUUGUUUGACCGCUUGACAAAUGGAAACAGUCUCGUAACACUGCUUUGUCACCUCUUCAAUGUGCAUGGACUUAUUCACCAUUUCCAGUUAGACAUGGUUACAUUGCACAGGUUUUUAGUUAUGGUUCAAGAAGAUUACCAUAGCCAAAACCCAUACCACAAUGCUGUCCAUGCUGCUGAUGUCACACAAGCUAUGCACUGCUAUCUGAGGGAGCCCAAGCUUGCCAACUUCCUCACCCCAUCGGACAUCAUGCUCGGGCUGCUGGCUGCUGCAGCCCAUGACGUGGAUCAUCCGGGGGUCAACCAACCCUUUCUGAUUAAAACUAAACACCACCUCGCCAGCCUGUACCAGAACGUUUCAGUUCUAGAAAAUCAUCACUGGCGGUCUACGAUAGGCAUGCUUCGAGAGUCACGGCUCCUCGCCCAUCUGCCCAAGGAGGUGAUACAGGACAUCGAGCGGCAGUUGGGCUCCCUGAUCUUGGCAACAGACAUCAACAGGCAGAAUGAGUUUCUGAUCCGUCUGAAAUCUCACCUUGACAAUCAGGAUUUGAGGCUGGAGGAUGCUCAAGACAGACAUUUUAUGCUUCAGAUUGCGCUCAAGUGCGCUGACAUUUGCAACCCUUGCCGGCUCUGGGAUCUGAGCAAACAGUGGAGCGAGCGGGUCUGCGAAGAGUUUUACCGGCAAGGUCAGCCC